GCAAUCGCCGGUACUGAGAACUCUGCGGAAUCACUGGCUAUAAUCGUACUGGCUAUCUGCGACAGUAGUGAAUGACGCGCAUCGCCAGACAAUGAAAUUCGACGCGCGCGUAGAAUUCUCAUUGAACUUUCGCGAAGAUCAACCCUCCAAAUUUGGCCGAUCACGCAUGAAAUUUCGUAUCUUAUUUUUUAACUUAAUGUAUCUUAAAUCGCGAAAAUAAGCGAAUAAUGAAAUCUGUGUAUGAUAAUAUUUAAUAUUUAUGAUAAAAGUAUUUAUAUAUUUUACUUUGAUUCAAAAGCUUCUAGAUCUUCUCCAUAACAUAAUACAAUCUUUACGAUCACAAUUAAAAUGUAAAAUAGAAAGGAAAUUCAUAAGACGUAAGUAAGUCCAAGUCUGUUCAUUUAUCUAGAAAAUGAAGCUUUCAAAUUGCCAUUUCGGCAGCCAAAUUGUCAUUUCGUCAUCUAUGAGCUGAGAACGUGAAUCGUCUCACGUAGUCGUGCAUGCGUUCUCCACUCGGUCAUAUGAUGGUAUCCAUACAUCCACCAUACGAGGAGAAUCCUCGAGGGAGUUUUCACGAAUCGGAAGAUGCGUCCGAUCAGACGAAACGCGACAUCGCGCCUCGAUCGGCUAAGAAUAGUCGAAGAGAUUUGCGUUGCUCGACACGAUGCCAAAUUCUCCCUCUCUAUCUUCUCGUACAUCCUCUUCACUCCGCCUCGUCGUCAUCUUUCCUCGCUCUGUUCGCACCCUCUCUCCACCGUCCUAUCCCUCCUCUUCUCACGCUAUGUUUUCUCUCUUCUUUAUAUCACAUUUCUUUCUCUACAUUUCUGGAUUCUGAUUCUCCUCUCUUUGUUCCACCGACUCGCAUAGUGCAUAGUGAUCAUUGUGUCUCUUCUCUCCUCCGCCAUCCUUGUUUCUUCACCCACCUCUUUUCUUUUUCGAUCUCUCUUUCUCUCUCGCUCUUAUUUCCUGUCACAUGCAUGCACGCACGCUACAUCUCGCCCUGUUUCGUCGCUCCUCUGGUACAAAGACCGACAGGACGGUCAGUAUCGUACCAGUUAGCAUUCGUUUUAGACGCGUGCCACUAAACGAACGGCAACGGCGAUCUCGUUCCAUAGUGAGGCCACGAGAGAAGCAUCCCCCUUGAAAGUGAACUCAAAUCCUGAUAAUUGAGCUGAACGAUUCUGGAAGAUUGUGAAAGGAGGAACUCCACUCAUUCCUCCAUCGUUUUCUUGUGCGGAGUUGAACGAUCUCUCUUCGUUGUCAUUUGACAACGAUCAAGAUGGGCAUGAUAGCGCGCGUGAGACGUCGCGUUCGCGCAAAUUCAUUAACGGUUGACAAGGAGAAGACAGCACAAAGUGUCUGUCUUCUAAGUGCAGUUCUUCUUUUGCCCUAUUGUCCACGUGGUCCACUGCCACUUUUACCAUCGCCCGCACCGGUCUUGUACUCGGCCCUUGUUCUACCGGUGGUUUUAAGCGCAAAUUACAGGUAUCCGGUUCCAACUCUCAAGACUCUCGCCGAAGCGGCCAAAGGCGGGGCCAAGCGAGCCUGGCAUCCCCUGAACUGCUUCUUGAGACGGCUAUAUGCACCCGUGGACCGUGCGGAGAAUCUCUUCCUGAAGAUGCGCAAUCUCUCCGUCAUGGCGAACCAGAUAGUGUUCCUGAUACUCGCCGACAAAGUGCUGCUGCCGCAGCAGAGGCUGACCUGUCUGUACACGCUCAUGUUCUACAACGUGAUAGCCUACUGCGUGAGCUACAUCAAGGAGCUGAUCCAGAAGGAGGACUGGUCGCCCUACGUCACGCUGACCGAACGGUCCAAGAUCAAGCACCUCGCGAUGUCGGCCACCAAGAUUGUACUCGAGUGGACCAAGGCGGUGACGUUCGUCGUCACGUUGACGUUCAUGCUUCUCGUGUUCGGGUUGGAGCAAGGCCUUGAUCAUUACAAGCCCUCCUUGAUCUACACGGUAGUCACGUGGCUGUACUAUUCAGCAACGGAGAGAGUCUUCGUGGAGAUGUUCCCGACGAUCCUGGGCUUUCUGCAGCUGGAAGCGCUUGAGAACAUCGAGAAUCUGUACGCGCCGGUGAUACUUCGCUGCUUCACCAUCAGCAUGUCGGCGUUCUUCAGCAUCCUGUUGCUGCCGUCGGCCUCUUGGAGGUUUCUCAUGGUCGCCACGUAUCUGAACGCGUAUCUUCGAUGGAAGGAGCUGAUGCAGAAUUCAGGCGCGGUGCUGCGACGAGAGCGCGAGGUGCUGAAUCGCUACCGGAAGGCGACGCUCGAGGAGAUCGAGAGGUUCGAUGACGUGUGCGCGGUGUGCCUAUGCAGCAUGGCAAAGGCCAGGGUGACUCCCUGCCACCACCUCUUCCACGCGGACUGCCUGCGACAGUGCCUGAAGACCAGCGACAACUGUCCCAUGUGCAAGCGCGAGCUCAAGUUCGACUGAGCGACAAUAAGGGGGAUAUUCCUCGAGGUUUGCGAAAUGCGUCGUUCAACUUGAAGAAGGAAGAAUAGUCUUGGACACUUGACAUUUAUGUGUAAAAGAUUUAGGACGUCUCUUCUACGUUCGAGCGCGAGAGAUCUACGACGUUAUUCAAAUCGACGAGAUUUACGACAUCUGUCGCGCUCGGAAGAUUUAGGGAACAUUUAGGAUGUCUGGAAGACAUCUCGAGAUGUCGUUUAGGCGCUUGCAUUGCAUCCUGGGGAUGGGAUCAGUCGAAGGGAAAAGCUUGCAAUAUUAUGGAGACAUUGAUAAUAAUCGCAAUGCUUUGCGAGAUGUUCCUUUAGAUAUACGUUACUGUGAUAUAGAUCAGCAGCAUUGUAGCUUAAGAUUAUAUCGGAGAUAUACAACUGUACAUUAUCAUGCCGAUCAAUUCGCGGCUAAUGCGUAACUCGUAACUUUAAUGUAACCGGAAAUGGAAAUACGCUUACUUUGUAUUACGAUCUUUCGUUAUUAGGGCAUUAGUUAUAGUUGAUCGGAGAAGAAGAACGUUGUUUAUACACAUUUGUAAAGUGCUCUUUCUGUUGUGUAGUCCGUAACCUCAGUCUUUAUUUUUUUUUUUUAAGAACUUAAGCAGCUUCUUAUAAUUUCCUACGGAAAAUUAAUUUGUAUCAAUUAGAUGAUUAGAGAAUUACAUGAACGUGAGAUGACGCUGAAUUUUGAAUGCUAUAAUCUUUUCUCGUGCACUUAAGAUGAAAUAGUAUUAACAGAUUUCUGUGCAGUAAAGUUUCUAAUUUUCAUACUUGAGGUAAAAUAUCGUUUAACAAAGUUAUAUUUUCUUCAGAUUGUACGACGACUAAAAUGAAUCUUUACAUCACUGCAGCGUAUAAUCUCAUUAUAUAUAUAUAUAUAUAUAUGCGCGCUCUUAUUUUAAUAAUUCAUUUGAAUAACAGACUUGCGUUCUCCUCUUGCAAAGGAAAGCAUAUAUUUUUUCCACUUUAUAUUAAAACAUUUGCUUAUUUAUUUGCUGUUGCUUUCUAUAUACUUCUAAAUUCGCAUAACAUUGUCAAACAUGUAUGAAUUUCAUUAGAUGAUUCGGAAAUACAUGCUUCAUUUGUACAAC